CCUUCGCGAUGUCUGGCCUCCUGGCAUCAGCCUGUGGUAUAGCUCAUCCAUACAGCACUCCAAAGCAAGCGUCGCGCAUUUUAGAUGGUAGUUUCGAGUCACGACGCUCCAGCAUCACCCUUGCUUCGGCAUUGCCCCGUCAUGGUCCUUGGAGUGCGAGUUCCUGCGGCGCCCGUCUUGCGGCAGACAGAAUACUUCUGCUGCGGUGUGCGCAAGGCGCGAAGUGAGCAUCCUUGCUUAUCUGCCAGUCAACCUCCCAGCUGAGCCUUGCAUGUGAUUGGCGUUCAAACGUGCAACGUUCAUACCCCAGAAAUAAAAGCACAUCUCCAUACUGCAUCUCUAGUGUGCCCAGCUAGCACCUCGCACCGCUAUCGCGAUGAAAUCUGGAUCCAUUAACUUUCCAUAAAGGUAUCUGAUAUGCUCGAAGAUACAGCUGAUGUGCAUGUUACAUUUUAGGAAGAUGAAGAUCUAGACUCGGACUCAGGCUCCUCCACUUGGUAGUGUAUCCUGUGAGUUCAGACGACCGAGCGCUAUGGAAUAUACACGCAUCGUCUGUGAAUAUAACCCUAUACAUGCCCGGAAAAGUGUACCCUGUAAGCCUCUGAUCGCGAGAUUCUGGGACUGGACUACUGCUUCUCCCUGCGGCACUUAGAUUUCCAAGGUAAGUCC